CUUUCCUCAACUCUCCAACUCAAUACUAAAAGUUUGCCUCUUCAAUUAUUGUCUCUCUACUGUUUUUUCUUCUCAAACUGAGCACACGGAAAGUUUUUUCCCACCAAUUGUCCAAGCCUAUAUUCGUCUCCUCGACCUUGACAACGUGAUCCGCAUACUCAAGGUUUUUUGUGCUGGAAAAUAGGCAAAAGAGGCUAGGAGUCACCGUGAGGGCAGAGUGCUAAUCAAGAUACAAGUGCCCAGUCCAAGAUUUGCCAACAUAUUUCCAAUGUCUUCCAUUAGCACUCAAAAGGCCUCCCCUUCGUCAUCUUCAACACCACAGUGGAAAUAUGAUGUCUUUCUUAGUUUUAGAGGUGAGGACACCCGCAAUAAUUUUACGGACCAUUUAUAUGUUGCUUUGAGACAAAAGGGCAUAAUCACCUUUAGAGAUGAGGAAAAACUUGAGAUAGGAAAAUCUAUUUCACCAGAACUCUUGAAAGCAAUAGAAGAAUCAAGAUUUGCGAUUGUUAUUCUCUCCAAAAACUAUGCAACUUCAACAUGGUGUUUAGAUGAACUUGUAAAGAUCAUUGAAUGCAUGAAAGAGAUGAAAACAACGGUAUUUCCAAUAUUUUAUGAUGUGGAUCCAUCUAAUGUACGAAAACAAACAGGCUCUUUUGCCCAAGCCUUUUCUAAACAUGAAGAAUGUUUCAAGAACUUUAUAGAGAAUGUGAAUACAUGGAGAGCAGCUUUAAGGGAAGUGGCAAAUCUCAAAGGGUGGCACCUACAUGAUAGGUCUGAGGCACAACUUAUCCAAAAUAUUGUGGGAGAGUUAUGGCAUAGAUUGAGUUAUCCAUUCUUGGAAGAUAUUGAAGACCUUGUAGGAAUAAAAUCUAGAGUGAAGGAAUUGGAGUCAUGUUUAGCUACAGGGUUUAAUGAUGUUCGCAUUAUAGGGGUUUGGGGGAUGGGGGGUAUAGGUAAAACAACUCUUGCUAGAGUUGUUUUUGAUAUGGUUUCGAAGAAGUUUGAAGGUUGUUGCUUUCUCCAUAAUGUUAGAGAGGUUUGUGAAAAAGAUGGUUUAAUUCCAUUGCAACAACUACUAAUUAGAAAAAUAUUAAAUGAAUGUAUGAGAAUACAAGAUGUUGAGGAAGGACUUUUCGUGAUCAAGAAUAGAUUACGUCAUAAAAGAAUUUUUCUCAUUCUUGAUGAUGUAAAUCAUUUAGACCAGUUGAAAAAGUUAGUUGGGAAGGGUAAUUGGUUUGGUUCUGGUAGUAGAGUUAUCAUAACAACAAGGGAUAAGCAUUUACUUCGCCUACUUAAAGUAGAUGUAAUAUACGAAGCUAAAGGAUUGAAUGAUGAUGAAGCUCUUCAUCUUUUAAGUUUGAAAGCUUUUACUAAUGACCAUCCUCCCAAAGAUUAUCUAGAGCUGUGUAAAGACGUUAUACAAUAUACUAAAGGUCUUCCUUUGGCUAUUGAGAUUUUGGGUUCCUUUUUGUUUAGUAGAGAUAUUCAUCAAUGGAAAAGUACAUUAAAUAGGCUUAAAGAAUUUCCUAAAAGUGAAAUUCUCCAAGUACUUAAAAUAAGUUUUGAUGGACUAGAUGAAGUAGAGAAGGAAAUAUUUCUACAUAUUGCAUGUUUCUUUAAUAAUGGGAUCAAAAAUGAUAUAGUAGAAAAACUAGAUUAUCUCGGCCUUUACCCUAAUGUUGGUUUAGGGGUUCUUGUAGAUAAAUCUCUUGUGAAAAUGGAUGAAACUAAAUUAUGGAUGCAUGAUUUACUACAAGAAAUGGGUAGGAACAUAGUUUAUCAAGAGUGCCCUAAAGAGCCUGGAAAACGUAGCAAACUGUGGUUGCUUGAGGAUGUUGAUGAUGUACUUACAAAAAAUAUGGAAACAGAAGCAAUUCAAGGCAUUGUUCUAAAGUUGUCUACACCAAAAGAGACACAUUGGAAUCCUGAAUCAUUCUCAAAGAUGCAACAUCUUAAAUUACUCAUAAUCAAUAAUGUUUACCUUUUGCAUGAUCCCAAACAUCUUCCUAAUAGCUUGAGAAUUCUUGACUGGGACAAGUACCCUUCAAAAUAUUUUCCAUCAAGUUUCCAAUCAAAGUCAUUUCAGAGGUUAAAAUCGAUCCGAAUAAGCAAGCCUCUGAAACUUAUUGAAACCCCUAUCUUCACCGAAGUCCCAUUCCUUGAGAAAUUGGUUCUUGAAGAUUGUUUAAAUUUAUCCAGGGUGCACCCAUCCAUUGUAGUUCUUAAAAAGCUAACUUUUCUUAGCCUAAAAGGCUGCAAAAACCUAAAAUCUCUUCCAAACAAGUUUGAAAUGGAGUCUCUUGAAACUCUUAUUCUUUCCGGCUGCUCAAAAAUUAAAAAAAUUCCAGAAUUUGGAGAAAACAUGCAACGUGUAUUGAAGCUUUACUUGGAUGAAACUGCUAUAGAAGAGAUUCCUUCUUCCAUUGGUCUCUUAAAGAAUCUUAAAGUGCUAUCUUUUGAUGGAUGUAAGGGGUUAUCAUCAUUUAAAUCUACAUCUUGGUAUGAUCUCCUCCCUUUUUAUUCAAUGCCAAAAAGUCCAGACAUCGUUGGAUUGUCCUCUCUAUUGGGUUUGUGUUCUUUGACCCUAUUGAAUCUAAGAGACUGCAAUCUCAAGGCAAUCCCUGAUGAUAUUGGUUGCUUAUUCUCUUUAAGAGAAAUAGAUUUAAGUGAAAAUAGUUUUGUUUGUCUUCCUGACAACCUCGAUCAUCUAUGUAAUUUGAGAACAAUGAAUUUGGAGGAUUGCAAGAGUCUUCGAUCAUUGCCAAAGCUUCCAUUAAGUAUUGCAGCUAUCUGGGGAUAUGGCUGUACCUCACUAGAAAUGAUACCAGAUCUACUGAAACCUAAUUCUAUAUGUGAGGCAGAGCUUUAUUUUUCAAAUUGCAGUAAACUGACUGACAAUCAAAGUGUCAUUGACAUGUUUUUUACGGUGAUAAGAAAGCACCUUCAGGGACUCUCUCUUAAAGAUAGAUAUUGCCAAGAUGAUAGUAGUUAUCACAUUAUUAUUCCUGGAAGUGUAAUUCCAAAAUGGUUUAGCCAUCAAAGUAUAGGGGUUGAAGUGAAUAUAAAAGUGGAAACUUCUUCUCAUUUGUGUGAUGAGUGGAUGGGCAUUGCUGUUUGCAUUGUAUUUUCUUGUGUUCAAGAUCACUACAUCGAUAUGUGCUUUGAUUGUGACCUCACCUGUCAAUUGAUAGUCAAUGGAGAAGAAAUGAAUGCUACAGUAGGCCCUUUAAGCAUAGUCGCUUUAUCAGAUCAUAUGUGGCUAUUUUAUUUGCUUCCUCAAUACUUUGUCGAGGAGGACAUAAAAUUACUGAAGGAAUUUGAAGAAAAUGAAUUUAAUCAGAUUGGCAUUAAAAUUAAACCCCGCGGUCUAAGCAUGAUGGUGAAGAAAUGUGGGUUCCGUAUGGUAUACAAGAAAGACAUUGAAGAUCUUAACCAAAUUGUGGCUCAGAGUAGCAACACCAGCAUUAUUCCUUAUGAGGACUUGGGUGUUCUCCAUCAUAAUUCAGUGGUGGAAGCAGAAGGUAACAAAGCAAAGCAAACCCAUGACGAAUAUGAUGGGGCUGGACCUAGUGAACUACCACACCCACAAAGGAAUGAAAGAUUCAUAGAAUUUAUGGCCUAUGGUGACUCUGAUUGUGAGGAGUACUUGGAAUGCAGUGAGGAGCUCAGUGAUUGGCAGAAAUCUAGUGAAAGUGACUUGGAAGGUUGAUGGAAUUUAGAAAAUCGGUUCAAAUACUCUGCAAGCAACUGUGCAGACAAGGUUGAAAAAUAGAGAAGGUAUCCUGCUUUAAUCGGAUCUGAUUAGAGAGCUGUACUCCAGAAGUGGCUGAUUAAAUUUUAGCUAUCCCUCUCUCAAGCUGUGGAAUUACUGAAAAUAUGACAUGGCCUCAUACAACACAAACAUAGUGAGUGAAACCAAGUGUCUUUUUUCAUUAAGGAAGAGAAGUUGGAUCAUUUAUUCUCGUAGCGCAUUCUUGCUUGGGCUGUAUGGUUUUGGUCAGAUUAGACACUUAGAACUGAGGUAUGCACAAGCCCAUGAUGCACAACAUGUGGAUCAGAAUAACUGCAGCAGAGUACUAAGGCGGGUGUGUCCAGUUGCAGAGGGAUUGCCAGUAUUGCUGACAUUUGAGGGGCACUGGCAGAGAAGCUGCAAAUGAGGCUGUUUUGCCUAUGUAGCUAAAUCAUGUGCUGGGAAGAAAAUUUUUGCAGGCUGUUGCAGUUCUGUCAUAUGCAACUGAAUGGCGGCUAGAUGCCUUGCUGUUUUAGAAGCAUUAACUAAGGCUCUAGAGCUUGGUUUUUACAGAUUUGUUCUGGUUAGUAGAAGAAUGGAGGAAUUCUAUUUGGGAAAGAAGAAGGUUCCUUGGCAACUUGCUGCCCUGAUUGAUGGCCAAAAGUGCAAGGAAGUUGGAGAGCACCAAUGGUGUACAUAUAUGCUGUGCAUAGGAGUCACUGCAGAGGCUAGGGCCCUGGCUACUCUUGCUUCAAACUCUUUUAACAUUUUUUGGGUUUGUAACUCUAUUACUAGAUAGCUCUUAUGCAUGCAAUCACUAACAAUUUAAGACAUUGGGGAAAGAUUUGUGUGUGUGUAAAAAUUCCUGUAUAGUUCUCCUGUUUCCAUCUCUAUAAUUAUGUUCAAUUACCAUUUCCAUUUUAUA